GCGAAGUUCCACUGUACUAGAUUUAUAAAUUUUAACAAUUAAAUAUAUUUCGAAUACAGGUGCUAUGCAACGACCCAUCUCCAGGGAUAAGAGGAAGAUUAGGAAGGCCGAGGAGGAAGAUCUAACUACGGAUGAGAAGCGCGCUCGUGCCUUGAGCGUGCCAAUCUCCGUUGACGAGAUCAUCAAUUUGCCAUUAUAUGAAUUCAACGAGCGUCUUUCCAGGUGCCACCUGAGUGAGGCACAGCUUAGCCUGAUCAGAGACAUUCGCCGUCGAGGCAAGAAUAAAGUAGCAGCACAUAACUGCAGAAAGCGCAAAUUGGAUCAGAUUUUGAACUUGACUGAUGAGGUGAAAGACAUGCACGACAGGAAGUUUCGACUCCUCAACGAGCACGAGUUUCUCUCAGGCGAAUGCCAACGCGUAAAAGACAAGUACCUGCAGCUUUACCGUCACGUAUUUCAGAAUCUACGAGAUCCUGAAGGUAACCAGUAUUCGCCCCAUCAAUACAGCCUGCAAACAUUCGCGGAUGGUUCGAUCCUGGUCGUGCCUCGCGCUAUCUCGAGCAUCACGAAUCCAGAGAGAAAGAAACUACACCCGCCUGGUCGCAAGGAGUGACUAUUUGGAUUCGUUUCUUAUGUGAUCUAAUAUAAUAUCGAUGAAUAACUAUAGGCUAUUAUAUUUUAUAAUUAAAGCAGUUUUUGUAUAUUGUAAGUAAAUGUAUAAUAAAAAUAAAGCCUACACGAGUCAUGGUGCUAUAACUUAGUAUUACUAUCUUUAUUGCUAAUAUUGUUGCGUAACUAGGUGUUAACUAUCGAAUUGUGUUAGGGUUGAUGCAAAAUUAGUCCAAUCUUUCAUCAUAUCUUUGCAUAUAUUUAUAAUUUAAUCUUCGAACAAUGCUAAUA